AUAAAAUGGGUGAUGAUAUAUUAAGCAAGAGUAAUAUGAUGGAAUUUGGAGAAGUAAAUUUUUGAAUUAUUUUUUUCAUAUAGGAUAUAGAUUAAUAGUUAUAUGAUAGAUGCGAGUAAUUUUGUUAGAAAUUGAGACGCACAAAUUAAUAACUUUAUAAGUUGUAUUUUAAUAAAAAUAUAGGCAAUUUUCAAAUAUAGUUAGUUAAAAUUCUCGUACAGGAAAAGAAUAAUUGGAGUAAAUGUUAAGUGAAGAACCAGAACUAUUAAAAGAGGUAAAUAAUUUAUUGGAAGAUGAUGUAAAAUUUAAGACACAAAAAGAAAAAUUGAGUGAAUUUGUUAAUAAUGAAGUAAAUUAAAGCAAAGCAAUGGAAUCAAUAUUAAAAUAAAUAUAGAAUGGAUAUUUGGAUGGUCAUUAGAAUAAAGAUCAUAUAUUAGAUUUAUUUAGCAAUGAUCCUUAAUUAUAAUAGUAAUUCUUACAGAGUUUAAAAAAAAAGCAUGAAUUGAAUGCUCCAAAAAAGAAGAUUGAAGAGAAUAGAAAUUAUUUUUAAAAAUUAUUAGAUAAAAGUGGAAUAGCUUUUAUUGAUAUGGUAAAGUUUGAUUAAUGAAAAUAGAAUGAAUUAUUAUUUUGGGAUAGAUUUCGUAUGAGAGUGAUCCAACAAUUUCCAAAUGAUUAUUAACAAUUUAUGAAUGAAUUUUUAAAGGUGAUCCAUUUGUAUUCUGAAUGUAUAAUAACUUAAAUGGAAGUUAUGGAAUUAAUUAAUUAAUAAAAUUGGUUAGAGAGAGAUUAUAUAGAUGAUAUAAGAUCAAUGUUAACAACCAGAGUUAUUGCAAGGAGAAUAUAAACUCAAUUAUUUAAACCAUUAAAAGAUACUGAUUUUGCUUAAGUGGAUAGAGUUACUAGAUCAUAUGUUAGAAUGCCUAUUGGAUAUGCUCAAGCUAAUAAUAAUUCAGAAAUUCUAAAUCACUUAUGGGUUUCAGUUCCAUUUGGCUCUGAAGAUCAAUCAUUCUUAAUUAUGAGAAAAAACACUUUUGAAGAACAACUCUUUAAAAGUGAAGAUGAAAGAUUUGAAUAUGAUGUUUAUAUUUAAUAAACUAAAAGAACUAUUAAUUUGCUUUAAGAAAUUAUUGAUGGAACUAAAGAUGAAUAAGCACUUGUUAAAAAAGUUAUUGAUAUGAGAAUAUUGUAAUAAUUAUAUAGGAAUUAAACACAAGAUCAAAAUGAAAUAUUACAACUAUUUUCUAAUAAACCUAUAGAAAGUGCCAAGAUAUUAAUUAAAAGAGUCAAAUCUAAAUUAAAUGAAUUAGUAUAAGCACGCAAUACUAAAGCUAAGUAAAUUUGGGAAACUGUUUCUAUUAUGAAUUUUCAUAAAUCUUUAGAUCAUAGAUCUUUUUAUUUCAAAAAAAAUGAUAAAUUAGUUAUCAAUGGAUAAAGAUUUGUCAGAGAAAUUGAAGAAUAUGCUAAGAAUGUACUUAUUAAAUUCUUAGGAACUAAGGAUCAUGUAUUUGUAAAAAGAAAAACAGAUACUAUUUAAUUCACUUUUGAUGAUCAUUUUCUAAAUUCCUUAGCUUAAAUGACUAAUAUUAAACCAUUUCUUCCUAAAAUUAUGCCAUUAGCUACUCCAACCAAAGAAAAUAUUCGUUUUUGUCCACUUAUUUCUCUUUGGAUGGGGAAUGAACAGAUACUCUAAGAAUGUGGAUAAUUUAUAAUUCAUUAUUUUUAAAUUAUGGGAGGAAAUAAUUUAUUAGAUAAAAGAAAUGGUACAUCCUUUAUGAUAAAAAUAAUAAAUCACUUUUUUUAAGUUCCAAUGAAACCUAUGUAAAUAUCUGAAUUAACAUUAAAUGAUACUAAAUUAAGAAAUGAAAUAGCUAAUUUAGAAAUAUACGAUAUACACUAUAAUCCUGAAGAAACAACGGUAUAAAUUCCUGAAAUUGAGAAUGAACCUCCUGGUGCAUUUUUAAAUUUGAAACCUCGAGUAAAGUAAACAACUUAUGUAACUUAAAAUUUGUACAUUUUAUUGAGAUUUUUACACACAAUAUAUUAAAGAUUGGAGAUGGGAUACAUCAUAAGUAAAUAGAACAAUUUAGGAAAGGAUAAGAGAUAUAAUUUAUUUAAAUCUGCUUUGUUUCUUUCAUUAAAAGCAAAAGAUUUUAAAUAUGAAGAUCAUUUAAGAAGUUUAUUUGGGAAGCAUGUAAAAUAAAUGAAUAAUGAUAGGGAUUUAUAUUUUCAACAUUAGAAAAGGUGCUUCAUGAUGCUGCAAAAUAAUUAGCAAUAUGUGUAUCAGAUGGAGUGACAAUAGGAUAUUUUGAGAAAGCAAUAGAAUAGAGUGGAGAUAUUGAUAAAUACUUUUAGGUGGUAUCAGGAAUAGUAAAUGGUGAUGGGAUAAAGAUAUGUGAUUUAGAAGGGGAAGUGUAUUAUUAAUUUGAGAUAAUGAAAGAAGAAGAGAUGUUAUUACGAUUACAUGAUACACUACAAAAAUAUAAAGCAGAGAAGAAACCUUUAUAUAGAGUAAUAGAUUGAUUAAAUAUAGAUUGCAUGUUGGCAUAAAGCAUGUUUUAUAUCAAUAUUACCAGGAUAUGGAGGUUAUAGUCAAGAAAAAUGUACAUAUUGGAAAUAACCAUUUUUAAUGAGAAAUAUGAUGAGAGGAGAGAGAAGAAUGAUGGUAAGGAAUAGUAUUGAAUGGAUGGUAAAUGAAGAGUGUCAUUUUAAACCAAUAAUAAAUAGAGGAGAAGAUUAUUUAAAAUGUGUAUGA